CGUCGAGCGAUCCAGAAGAUCUUUGGAGAGGGACACAUGAAACUGUUUUUGGAGCUUGAAAGAGAUCAAGUCGAGAUCAUGAGAACCUCCAAAAUCACCUCCGUGCUUGCUGGAGGUUCGAAGCUGUACAUGGUAUCGCUUUGAAUGACGCUUCCUGGAUUAGCAUUUGUUGCUUGGAGUCUUAGAGUGAGCUUCUGUUUUGCACAAAGCCAUGGCAGCUGCUGUGGUGAACAAACGUGACCUCAGCUCGGACCAAGAAUCAGCCGUCUCCCAGCAGUCCACCGAGACUCGCAUCUCAGAUGAGGCAACGGAGAAUAGCUCGGAGCAAACGGAAGAAGUUGUGGCCACUUUGGAUGGUCUGAAUGAUUGGAUGAAAAACUUGAAAGGUUUUGCGACGAAGGGGCUGAACUUCCUGGAGAAGUGGCAGCUGAAGCAUUGCGAGAUCCAAAGCUUGCAAGAGGCGUGUUCUCGGCUGAAGGAUGCUUGUCAGAGCUGUGAACAGCAGGACAGGCUCAUCCUAGCUGGGGGCGGCAAUGUGGGCAAGAGCACCAUUGCAAAUGCCCUGUUGGACACUCCAAGGUUCUGGCCAACUGCCUGCUAUUGCAUGACCUCUCGCAUUUGCGAAGCACAUUACGAUGCUGCUGCUGAUGGCAAGCCUGUCCCCAAAGAUUUGGUGCACAAGAGUGCCACUUCAGAACGCGAAGAGUUCCAGCAGCCCUUGGAGGUCCCGAACCCAAGCCCUUUUCUCAAGCCCGGUGUGAUUUUGGUUGACUUGCCCGGCUUGGAUCAGGAGGACGAGUACAUGGAAAGACUUGACGAAUACAUGAAGGCCCAUUCUGCUGAUUCUGUGGCACUCUUCUAUGUGAUCGACGUGAAUAACAAGAUCCGUGUCCCUGACCGGGACUUCUUUCGCAAGCUGAUCAAACCUCCUUGGCAGAGCCUCUCCCAGAAUUUGGUGCUCAUGGUCAACAAGUGCGACCUGGGAAGCACUGGCAACGGGGUGACCUCUGACGAGGAGGUUCCAGACUAUGCCAAGCUGAUUGAUGACAUCACCCGAGAGGCUCAGAACUACUGCACCCCGAAGGUGAUAAGCAUCUCUAUGAAAGACAAAAAGAUGAAUCAUCCAAGCGCAUUGUCGAAGUGGGAGGAGGUGGAGGCCAAGGCAUGCGUUGCCAUUAGGCAACUCAAAUGCAAGCGCUUCAUCAAGGUUUUAGUGUCUCUUGAAAAAGCCACGCAUGUGCUCGAGUGUGUCAUGAAGAACGACCAGGAGUUGCGGGCUGAGCUGGACCACAGAAGGAGCUGCCUCGAUAAGGCUGAAGCUGUAGUGGAGAGGCUCAAGGCGGGCAAGGACCAGCGGGUGGCGAACCGCGCGGCAGAGAUCCGGAGCGUCCUGGUAGAGAAGCAGGAGGAGCACUUGCAAGCUCUCCUGAGGACCAAUGUCCCGAACCAUUGGAUGAGUCCAGGGAAACUGAAAAUGUUUAGGGAGGAUGUUUGUCAAAUCAUCCAGGACAUGGUGGCCAACGACAUCCAGCGUUCUGCCGCAACCUCAGAUGAAGUUUCUGUGGUGAUGCGUGUGUUGGCAGUUGCUUCUGCCGUGGCAGCGGUCGGCGCAAUGACUACUGAACUUGCCAGCAGCCUGGGUCUUCUCGCCGCAACUGGAUGGUGUCCACCUGCUCUGGCGGUUGGGGGAGUUGUUGUUGGGGCUGCUUGUCUCAAGUGGCUCGUCUCCAUUGUACGCGAUGGGGCCAUGGUGGAUGAGGGCUACGUGAAGCGGCUUUUUGCGGAUCUCUACACAGAAGUGAUUAAGACGCAGCCAUCCGAGGCGGCUGAGGCAGAGUAUGUGUCCAUAUGGAAUCAGGCCAAGGAAGCCAUGACUGAACAGCAAAACUUAUCUCGGCUUUUGGAAAAGGAGGCAGGCCUGCACUGUUUGGAUGCCAAUUUCAAAGAUGAGUGCUCGCAGCUACUGCAGGAGCUUGCUAUCCUGCCAAAGCUGUGCAAGCAGGGGCUUGUUCAUUGGAUAGACUGAGCCACAAGUGCUCGAAAGUAAGCUUAAGGGAGACGGAAUUUGGAACUCCCUCAGGCCUGCAUGACAGUUUUAGGUUUGAGACGAGACUUUCUAGAUUCCUGUGAGCGAUUUUGCUCACAAGAUCUCUCAAUCAUUUACUAGAUCUCUUUGUGCCAGCUAUAGUAUAGCUUAAUUACAGGUGCUCAUGUCUCAUGAGCUGAGAGCUGCAACCAGACCAGCCCUUCUUCCCG